AUGAAUGUUCUAUACAAGAGGCCUUUGAUGCUGAGUACUACCACUCUCAAUAGUUUGUGUUCUCACUGCCUUGCCUCCAUGGAAUUGGACAUUGGAGUCACUCACUCAGAUCUGAGUCUUGCAGAGUCUUGGUUUGCAUCUGACACUUCUACUGGGUACCUUGAAGAUGCUAUUGCAGGCUGGGGUAUUUGGUGCAAGCAACACAACUUACCAUCCUACUCUCAAGAUCAAAAGAAAAGCCAAUAUUUGGUUGAUCAGGAAGACUUAUUUCCAGCAUUUUCAACAGCUCAAAUCCUUCAUGACCAUAAGAACUUCAGCACUAGGAAGCUACCAUCAUCACAAAAUAAUAAACAUGCAGCUGCAAUUAAGCAUGAUUCUACUGAACUGAGCUAUGCAUCUAGAGAGUCAGAUGAAAAUGAUGCUUCAGUUACAAGGGGUCACAGGAAGAAAAUAGCUUAUCCAUUUGAGUUGGUGAAGCCAGGAGGAGUUGAAGGGGAAACAACCCUGAAAGAUAUAAAUCACCAGAUGCUGAUGAGUCCAUCAAAGCCAAUUCCACACCCUGUGGGAGACUCUCUCACUCAUUCAUGCAUUUCAAACCGUGCCUUUGGUAUUUCAGGUAAAGCAGUGGCAGCCCUUACUAGGAUUCACACUCAGGGUAGAGGCUCCAUUACCAUUAUCAGGACCAAGGGUUGA